AUGGCUCUUAAAGGGAUUGAUAAUUCAAAGGCUCCAAGUAUUGAUGGUUUUAAUUCCCUUUUUUUUAUGAAAUCUUGGAGUCUUGUGAGGAAUGAGGUGUAUGAAGGUGUCUUAGAGUUUUUUAAGAACUGGAUUGCUUUAGUUCUCUAUGAGAUUAUUGAUGAUUCUCAAGCUGGGUUCAUCCCUGGUAAGCAUAUUGAGCACAAUAUCCUUCUUGCUACUGAACUGAUCAAAGGAUACAGUCACAAGAACAUCACCCCUAGAUGCAUGAUAAAAAUUGAUCUAAAAAAGGCUUAUGAUUCAGUUGAAUGGGGCUUUUUGGAAUCUGCUAUGGUUGAGCUCAGUUUCCCUGGCCAGUUUAUUGCUUGGGUUAUGGGAUGUGUUUCUUCAGUGCCUUAUUCCAUUAUGAUUAAUGGUGCUCCUACUGCACCUUUCUCUGCUAAGAAGGGGCUUAGACAGGGAGACCCAAUGUCCCCCUUCCCAUUUGCAAUUGGAAUGGAAUACCUUUCUAGAUGCUUCUCUAAACUGCAUCUCAAUCUUGAUUUUAACUAUCAUCCCAGAUGUGAGAGACUGGCUCUUACUCAUCUUAUGUUUGCUGAUGACUUGUUGAUGUUUUCUAGAGCUGAUGCUGGUUUUGUCUCCCAUUUCUUUCAAGCUUUCACUAAGUUUUCUGAGGCCUCAGGACUGUCUGCUAAUUUAGAUAAGAGUGAAGUCUAUUUUUGGGGUUUGUCUAUUGAUGAGCAGGCCACACUUAGAGCCUUGAUCGGGGUUGCUCCUGGUUCAAUCCCCUUUAGAUAUCUUGGUGUCCCUCUGUCAUCCAAGAAGUUAACUAUUGCUCAAUGUAAACCUUUGAUUGACAAAGUGACUGUUUUGAUCAAUGGCUGGACUGCUAGAAAUUUGACUUAUGCUGGUAGGCUUCAGCUCAUUAGAAGUGUUCUAUUUGGUGUGCAAACUUACUGGGCUCAGAUUUUUGUACUUCCUAAGAAGGUGUUGAAAGAAAUUGAGGCUAGAUUUAGGGUCUUUCUUUGGACUGGGAAGUGUAACCCCUCCAAGAAAGCUUUGGUCUCCUGGUUUCAAGUGUGUCUUCCCAAAGUUAGUGAAGGAUGGAACUUGAUCUCUCUUUAUGAGUGGAAUCUUGCAGCCAUUACUAAACUUCUCUGGGAUUUGGCUCACAAAAUUGACAGCCUUUGGGCUUCAGAAACAGUGCAACAUUUGUUUUUUGACUGUGCUUACAGCAGAAACGUUUGGCUCCAAGUCUUAAGGCUGUUUGGAGUUCAGAGAAAUAUUAGUGGGUUUGAUGUUGAAAGGAAUGCUAUGAUCUUUAUAGGAAGUUCAAAGCCUGUUGAAGUGGUUUUUAGGGAUAUUUUGUUCUCUGUUCUUGCUUUAUUAUUGGGCUCUCUUGUGUUGUUGCCUGUCUGGUCUGUCUUCCUUCUGGUAACCCUUCCUAGAAGGUGGAUCCAGGUGGUUGAUACUCUAGGUCAGGUUUGGGUUGGGUUGUCCAGUGUUCCCUUCAUAGAAGGUGGCUUUGUCCUCCUCUUCCCUUGUGUGGGUGUGUGGCUCUUCGAGUCUUGUGGUAUUCUGUGGUUUUCUUCGUUGAUUUCAGCUUAG